AUGCUGCUCAUGCGACGAUGCCUGCGAAGCCCCGCCGUCAUCACUAACACUGCCGGCGGCGGCGGUCGGGCGGCACCCGUGCGGUGGUUCUCGUCUGGUGCCGCGCCGCCGCCGCGGGAGUUGGCCCACGUGGUGAAGCUUGACAGCCUCCACCAGGAGACCCCCGAACGCAUCUCCCAACUCUGGAUCGACUACCACGUGAAGAAGGAGGCGUGCGUGUCGGCUGUGGCCCCGGCGGCCACCUACGCCCUCAUCAACCGCCGCCUGGCCGAAAGUCCUCUGUUCGUGUUGCCGCUGCCGCGGGAGUCCGGGUUCGUGUCGGUGCUGCUGCAGGCCCACGCCGAGCAGGACACGGUGAUGUUCACGGAGCUGGAGCAGUACCAGCGGGCGGCCGACAAGAGCGCCGUGCCCUCGUGCCUCCACCUCCGCUACUACACCGACCUGGCCGCCACCAAGGACAUCGUGCUCGUGCGCGGCGAAGUCGAUCUCGCACGCCUCACCACCACCGAGGCGCAGACGCUGGUGAAUCAGCUGCAGGUGUACUACCUGGCCGACGCCAAGUACGCCGCCGUCAAGACCUUCAACCACGACCCGGCCCAGUUUGACUACAACGCCAUCAUCGACGACCUGCGCGGAGGCGUCGGCACUGACACCGUGCGCUAG